AUGAGUUUCAACGUCAACCCAAAUCCGACUGAUGUCUUCCACGACACAGCCAGCUUUUCGUUCAAAACCACGCCCACGACUAGACAUUCAUACAGGGUCUCUGAACCGGAAACUUUUCAACAAAACCGCAACGUUCAAGAAAGAAUCCGAUUAAGCGUAGAAGUAGGUGACGUCGUACACGCCAUGCAGAUAGAACGGGGAACCACUGCCCUCUAUGUGUCCUCCAAGGGUGACCCAUUUAUACGCUCGCGUCUACUCAGCUCGCACCGAGACACAGACACCGCUAUUGGCAAUAUGUCAAAAUGGAUCAACAUCGACCCAAAGGCAUUUUUCGAGACAAAGUCCAGUUUUCAACGACAUCUUAUCGAGUUCAGAUCGGAGCUCGACACACGAAACGUUACGCUGAGGGAGGUAAUGGACUUCUACACCGCCGAUAACGCGGUGUUUAUCACCAUGAUAGGUCGGAGCCUGAACCUCCGUAAGCCUUUCAACUUUUGGGUGGAUCUGGCGUCUUAUCAGAACCUGGUGAUCAGUAAGGAGCAGGCAGGAAUAGAGAGAGCUCUUGGUAGCACAUACUAUGCUCGAGGUCAACUUCCGGUCACUGAUCAUCAGUUGUACAUCGAGAAGCACAUACUCGGGACCUACUUCCUGCAGCAGAGCCGCCAGUACUCCGAGUUUACUGAAUCAAACAUCUACUCUCUUUAUGACGGUACCGAUUUGAAGGCAAACAUCUCAUCGAUGCAACAGCAGAUCCUAGACAACACGGUUGUGGCGCCAUCUGUUGUGGCAGGACAAGUGUGGUUUGAUAACAUUACGGAGUACAUCAAUAUCCUGAAACGUGUUCAAGACAGUCUCGCCACUAACAUCGUUCAGGCAACUGCCGAUGAAAACUCUUCUCUACUCGAGGCAAUGGCGAUCAGCGCUGUUCAGCUUACUAUUGGCAUUGUGAUAGUGCCAGUCAUCGUUUAUCUAGUCCGAAAGAUAAUCAACCUAAUCAAAAAGAUAAAAAAAUUCUCACAAGAUCUGAAGGCCAAAACUUCCGAGCUAGAGGCUGAGAAACACAGGACGGAAGAGCUUUUGUAUCAGCUCCUGCCGAGAACAGUUGCAAACCAACUGAUGAAUGGAGGAAGCACGUUACCAGAGUCAUAUAAUUCCGCGACAAUAAUGUUUUCAGAUGUUGUUGGAUUUACUGCCAUUUCGAGUUCAAUAACACCGAUGCAAGUGGUGGACUUGUUGAAUAGCCUCUACAUAACCAUCGACAACAGACUCAAAAAUUUCGAUGUCUACAAGGUUGAGACAAUUGGUGAUGGAUACAUGGUUGUUUCCGGUAUACCCAACAGAAAUGGAGACAAACAUGUGGCACAGAUUGCAAGUUUGUCUCUAGAUUUAUUAACAGCCAUCCAAGAAAAGCCGAUUCCACACUUACCGGAAAAGAAACUUUGCUUGAGAAUGGGUUUCAACACUGGGCCAGUAGCGGCAGGGGUAGUAGGAAUGAAGAUGCCGCGCUAUUGCAUCUUCGGUGACACGGUAAACACUGCCUCGAGAAUGGAGUCAACAGGACUUCCGUCGAGAAUACAAAUGUCAGAGUCAUCAGCUGCGAACCUGUGGAAACUUGGUGGAUUCAUCGUUUCGGAGAGAGGCACUGUAAAGGUCAAGGGAAAAGGCAUCAUGAGGACAUUCUGGCUCGACGGCAUUAAUAAACAAGAAACCAACGUCAGCGCGCAUGCGCGACCGUGCGUGGAAGACAACCCGACGGAUGCUUCAAACAUUGCUAUUAUUACGGUAAAAGAACUGCCCCGUUAUAAGAACAUAAUAAAAUACUGA